AGGGGAGGAAGGGCGGCUAGGCCCAAUCCCCGGCCUCGAGUAGGCGGCCCAAGCCGGGGACCCUGAGGCGAAGGGCGGCUUCGCAAAGGGCCCUCCCUCGGGAAGAAUGUUGCAAAGGGAACACGAGAUCUUUUUCCGCAGAGAGUGAUCAAAAUACAGUAAUCUGAAUUUCCCAAUUGAGAACCAGCCAUUAUGAAGGCAUUACUCCUUCUACUUCUGCAUUUCCUCUUGGCCUCCCUUGCUCACUGUUCCUCAGGGAAGAAGAUAAGAUGGUGCACUUUAUCGGACGCGGAGCAGAGGAAGUGCUCCGAUUUGUCCAGAGCGCUGGUGGCCAUCUUGACGCUGACGGACACCACUGCGUUUGGCCGCGUCUCCUGCAUCCGGAUGCGCAACACACGCGACUGCGUCGACAAGAUUAGGGCAAAUAAGGCUGACGCCGCUUCCUUGGACGCCGGGGACGUUUAUUCCUGUGCAAAUCUCCACGGCUUGACCGUCGCGGCGAAGGAGGUUUACGCGGAAGGGAACUGCGUCUUCGCCGUGGCAGUUGUGAGGCGCGGGACGCCACGCAACAUCCAUGCGCUGAAAGGGUCGCGGAGCUGCCACAAUGGCGCAAGAUGGACGUCUGGCUGGAGCAUCCCUUUGGGCUUCCUGUUGUCCAGCGGUGACCUGGUAUGGGACAAAGACCGGCCCCUCAGACGCGCAGUCGCCGACUAUUUCAACGCCAGCUGCGUCCCCGGUGCUGGCGACCUGCGCCUUUGCGCACUUUGCCGUGGCGUGAAGUCUUACCUCCCGGACAGGAACCACUUCUGCGAAACCAACGGCGACGAGCCGUUUUACGACUCCGAAGGCGCCUUCAGGUGCUUGGCGUCUGGCGCGGCAGACGUGGCGUUCCUGGAUCACCUGGCGAUCGUUAACGCCUCGGAGUCAGACCAAGAAAGCUUUGCACUGCUGUGUGCGGACGGAUCGACGGCGCCGUUGACAGAUUACACCACUUGCAAUCUCGGCCGUGGUCCGGGACGUGCCAUCGUUACGCGCCGAAGCUUCCGGAAGAUCGCCGUGAAAUUUAUCACCGUCGUCCAGGUAAUUUUGGGGGGCAGAAAUACUUUUAUCUGGGAUUCUAUACAGGGAACGAGAUGGAAGUCGGAGUUUAAGUUGCGCCCGCAUCCUGUGGAAGACAAAACGGUGGAAUCCGUUGCACUUCGCCACGUCAUGGUGCCGCGUCACGUCAACGCGGGGGUGGACGCGGCCCAGGUUGAUUCCCUCCAGUCCAAAAUGGGCUGCCCGGCUACCGUUCGGACACAGUGA